CGCUGUGAGGAGGCGGCGGCGGCGCGGGGCCGGGCCCAUGGCGGAGAGCGGCGCCUGGCUGCUGGUGCUCAGCGCCGUGUUCCUCUGCAACGCGCUCAAAAUCCUGCUGCCCUCCUGCUCCUCCCUCAUAUCCAGGCUGUUGCAGAAGGAUGCAGAGCAGGAGGCCCAGAUGAGAGCAGAGAUCCAGACCAUGAAGCAGGAGCUUGCCACCAUCAGCAUGAUGGACGAGUUCGCCCGAUACGCGCGGCUGGAGAGGAAGAUCAACAAAAUGACUGACAAGCUCAAAACCCACGUGAAAGCACGAACUGCCCAAUUAGCCAAAAUAAAGUGGGUCAUAAAUAUUGUAUUCUACAUAGUGCAGGCUGCCCUGAUGGUGUCUCUGAUCUGGAAGUACUACUCUGAGCCCGUCACCGUGCUCCCCAGCAAGUGGCUGGCUCCCCUGGAGCGCCUGGUGGCCUUCCCCACAGGAGUGGCAGGAGGAGUGGGAAUCACCUGCUGGCUCGUGGUCUGCAAUAAAGUUGUGGCCAUCAUGCUGCACCCCUUCAGCUGAAGGAACCCCAGCAAGCCAUGGACUCCCCAGCUGCAUUUGCAUAAUCACUGCUUUAAAUUAAUUUAAAAAAAAGAAGGAACAGUUAUCUUUGAUGAGACAAGGGCUGAGACAAUCCUUGGUACUCCAUUUGGGUAUCUGUCAGUCCUUUGGAUUAUUUUGAUGUCACUUCCCAGAGUUUGUCUUUCAUUUUGGAAAGAACAGCACUGCUGGUUAUAAAACCUCAUUUUGGGUUUAGUCAUGGCAGAACCAUAAGGUUUUGUCAUGGCCUGUUGUCACAGUGUUGGAUUUGUGGUUUUAAAUUGGAAAUGUGCUGGCUUUAGGAAUUCAUUUGGGAGCUUGGCUGUUUCUUUCUAUAAAAUAUGGAUUGGCUGUUUCUUUCUAUAAAAUAUGGAUUGGCUGUUUCUUUCUAUAAAAUAUGGAUUGGCUGUUUCUUUCUAUAAAAUAUGGAAGCUUCACCCGGAGCUGGGAUCAUGUUGGGUGGUCCAGAGGGAGGCUGUUUGCUUGGCUUGGGGCAAAACAAUUUCCUUGUCAUUUUUUACCCUCAAAUCAAAAUAUUCUUGAACUCUCCUAAAAAAACUAGAUGAGUUAAAUCAAGAUUUUUAUCUCUUAAGAGGUUUUUCCAGCUGCCAAGCACAGGUUGGUGUCAGUGAAGCAGAAGACAGUGCUGUUCCUGCAGGGAAUGCUGAUUGAGCCUCCCACUCUGGAAUUCCCACAGGAAUGAUCCCUCUGCUAUUCCAGGGCCUUUUCCUCCCUGCAGGAAGGGAAGGAAGGGGCCAGGACCCCUCCAAAAUUGGCACUGCCUUCAAAAACAGUUCAAAAGGUCAGGUUGUGUUGUGUGUAUAUGGAUGUGGAUUAAACGUUUUUGUUUGUUUAUUUGUUUUAAUAUUAAUUUAAAAUUUUGGAUUUUAUAUUAGGAAUUGCAUUUAGCCUACUUGAAAAUAAAUAUCAAGAAAAGGUGUGAUUGAAUGUUAUGUAAAAUUGUGGUUUUAUUAAGGAAAUAAAGCUUUUCAACCCAU